AAAGAUCAGUGGACUCACGACAGGGUAAAGACGAGAAGUGUCAAAAGUGCAUUGUUUACAUCUGGUGUGACAGUCGAAUCUUUGGAGUAGAUAGUGAUCGUGAGAAAUUACAGUAGAUAGAAAGAAAAAUCGGCGAGGAAUGGGUGUAUUGGGAUAAAACAGUCGCCCUGAUGCGAGUUCAGUAAAGAUUUUGCUCGCGUUAUAACAGUGCCGAGGUUUUUAUUUGAAUUUUUUUAUUUCUCCUAAUUAAACUCUACUGGUUCUCUUCACUCAAGAAUCAUGCCGACUGCACGACCAAUUAAAGGUGAACCAGACGUCAGGUUUUCACAAAGAGAAGCCUCCACCAGCGAACACAGCAUAUCGAGCAUGGCUUCAAAUAACUCAAUAUGUGUCGAUGAAAACUUUAAGGUUUCUAAACAUGCAGAAAAUAGUCUCAAAGUGAUGGAAACGUACUUUCAACAACAGCAGCUGACUGAUGUUAUACUUGUUGCAGGAACUAAACGUAUACCGGCUCACCGUCUGGUGCUCAGCGCUGGUUCUGAAUAUUUUGCAGCAAUGUUUACCAGCUCAUUAAGAGAAUCUGGUCAGAAUGAAAUAGAAUUGAUGGGUGUUGAUGGAGAUGCUCUAUGGGCACUUGUGCAAUAUUGUUACACGGGAUGCAUCGAGCUGCGAGAAGAUAGUGUGGAAACUAUGCUUGGAACAGCCUGUCUUCUUCAACUCAGCGCCGUUGUAAAAGCAUGCUGUCAUUUCCUCAUAAAACAACUUCACCCUAGCAAUUGUCUGGGUAUAAGGAUGUUCGCCGAUACGCAAGGUUGUGCCCUCCUAUUGAGUGUAGCUCAUGCUUACACAAUGGAUCAUUUCAUGGAAGUCAUAAGAAAUCAGGAAUUCUUGUCCCUUUCGGCUAACGAGGUUGCCAAAUUAUUGGAGUCAGAAGACGUCAAUGUUCCAUCUGAGGAAACCAUUUUUCAUGCGUUGAUGACGUGGCUGCAGCACGAUUCAGAAAACCGUUCCAAGGAUGCAAGCAAGUUGUUGAGUUACGUCAAGUUACCACUAUUGUCACCUGCCUUCAUAGCCGAUCACAUCGAAAGUAACGAGAUAUUCAAAGACCAAAGAGCCGCCCAAGACCUUGUCAUGGAAGCCUUAAAGUACCAUCUUUUACCUGAGCGAAGACCGCUACUGCAAUCUGGUCGCACAAGGCCACGAAAAGCUACCGUAGGUUUACUGCUAGCUGUGGGAGGAAUGGACGCAAACAACAAAGGUGCUACAUCUAUCGAUGCGUUCUCAUUGAGAGACAGUGCCUGGAGUCACUUGGUAGACAUAAACGGACGACGAUUACAAUUUGGUGCAGCUGUGGUUGAAAAAAAAUUAUUAGUUGUUGGUGGAAGAGAGGGCUUAAAGACAUUGAACACUGUGGAAUGUUUUGAAUUCUCUAGUCAAAUAUGGAAUACCUUGCCACCGAUGAACACUCACCGACAUGGAUUAGGUGUCGCUGUUUUGGAGGGGCCUCUAUACGCAGUAGGUGGCCAUGAUGGCUGGAGUUUUUUAAACACUGUAGAGCGAUGGGACCCAGCUGCUCGUCAAUGGAGCUAUGUCGCUCCAAUGUCUACCCAACGGUCUACGGUUGGUGUGGCAGUGCUUAACAACAAAUUGUACGCGGUGGGUGGCAGAGACGGUAGCUCAUGCUUGAGAACUGUAGAGUGCUACGAUCCGCAUACAAAUAAAUGGACAUCUUGUGCUCCAAUGUCUCAAAAACGCGGAGGGGUUGGCGUAGGCGUUGUCAAUGGUUACUUGUACGCACUCGGAGGCCACGAUGCCUCAGCCAGCAACCCCAGUGCGAGUAGAUUCGAUUGCGUUGAACGAUACGAUCCGAAAACGGAUACCUGGACUAUGGUAGCACCUAUGAGUGCGGCAAGGGAUGCUGUUGGGGUUUGCGUACUAGGUGACAGACUUUUAGCUGUCGGUGGAUACGACGGUCAACAAUAUUUGACUCUCGUCGAGGCCUACGAUCCUCAUCUAAAUAAAUGGCAAGAGGUAGCGCCUUUGAAGAUGGGCAGGGCAGGACCUUGCGUUGUCGUAAAAAAUUCAAUCGGUAAACCUCAGAGUGUUUGAGAGAUGAGUAUGACCAAAUAUCUGUCGGUGAGUCGUUUGAAUGAAUAAUAAAAUUAGAAUAAUUAUAUAAAACAGUAUUUAAAAGCGAAGUUAAUUUAGAGAAAGUACCUAACAUGGUCCCAACAUAGCUUUAAACCGAUUUCAUGUAACUCUGAUCUAGUUGAUAACUGCCAAGAGUUUCGAUUCUUUAUCAAUGAUCGAUCGAUUGAUCAAAUUGUUUUAUGAACUCUAACUGUAGGUCAUUCGAAAAAUGUAUUUUAGUACUACAGGAGAAAUCCCUCGAUGCAACUAUACAGCACUGCCUCUCAAAAAUAAUGGUGGUAUCAUAGAAAUUGCAAAUGGGAUUAAACUUCAUGCGCGUUGUGAUUUUAAUAUAGAAAACCAUGACUAUUUUUAACAUUAACAUCACCAACCAUAAUUCUCUUGAAAAUAGACUAUAGAUCAGCUACAAUAACAGCCUAAAAAAUCAUCACGAUCAACCAUCAAAAUAAAUGUUUGAUUUUUUAUAAAUCCUCAAGCUGGAUUAUUAGAAUAAGUUGUUUUAAGACUAUUCUUUUUGUUUUUGUCUUCAAUCUGCUUUGUUUCUUGUUAUAAACUAACGUAUUACCUAAAACUACUAGUUCAAAAUCAGCUGCAUCUUUUAUGAAAGUUUUUGUUUCUAUCGUAUGCAUAAAAUUAUUAGUCUUUUCGAAUGAUUGGAAAAUUUCAAUAUUAAAUUUACUGAUUACGAUAAAAAUAAUUAGACAAGAUUUGGAAUCGGCUUUUAUAGCUCAACUAAUAUAAAAUUCACUCCAAAGUCUAGUUUAACAAUGAAAUCCUCACAAAAUACCUAAAACUGCGGAUAAAAAAGGAAUACAAGGAAACUAGCCUUAUUAAUGUACGCGAUUCAUUUCUGCACGAGGGCUUGGAUCAAUUAGCUCCCCCUCAUGGUUGAAAUAAUAUUUUAUAAAUAAGUCUAAUUGUUAACUAAUUUUUUCAUGGUGGUUCUAUGUGUAUGUCGAUUUGUACGGUGACUUUUUUAUAUAUUUUUCAUACUACGCUUUAAUUUUUAUACAAUGAUUUAUUUCAAUUUACUUGUGACAAAAAAAAUUCUAUCCAGUGAUUGGCUCUUAAGCCUGUAAAUUUUCAGUAUUGUGUUGAUUUGAAAUUCGUAGAACAUUAAUUAUUUAUCUGUUAUUUACACAAAGACCAAACACAUUCCUAUUCGUUGUCCUUAGUCCUUGUGUAGCGAGUGGAAAAAAAUUAGAUAAACUGUGUCAAUCAAUGUGCUCUCCUUUGAACAAGUAUUUAGACAUAACAUGUAUUCCCGAUUAUUGGAUUUUUAAUAAAUAUUUUUUAUUCGU